AUGGCCGAAACCGGCCCUUCCUCCGGCCAGGACAUACCUUCAGUCGAAAUGGAAGAUCUGCCUAUGGGUAUGUCAAGUGCUCCGAGCACAAUCUCCUACUACGAGAGCAUCUCUGACGAUCCCGGUGACGAUUUCGACCCAUAUAAUCUGGUCCAGAGUCGCAAAAAACGCAAAGCUUCCAGCAGCCCCGAGACAAGUAAUAAGACCGUCAGGAACACGAAACAAGAACAUCCCCACCUUGUAGUGGUACUGAAGCCAAAAGAUCCAUCCAAAAUAAUCGCCACAAUCAAUCCACUGAAAAUCACCGAGAAGCUCGAGAUGACUGCCCCAGAUAGAAUCAUCCUUGUCAGGCCAAACCGAAGGCUGAAUCUACUUGCUAUAGACACGAGAAACAGAGAUGCGACAAAAGCUUUGCUUGCACUGACCACCAUCGGAGGCAUCCCUGUCCAGGCCUACGAGCCUUUUCCCCGUGAAUCGGCCAUCGGAGUUGUAUACGGAGUACCGUCAGACAUAAACGACACGGAACUUCAGGUGGCUAUACGAGCUACGGCGCCUGUUAUCUCCGUUCGUCGGCUAGGCACGUCCCAAGUUGUUAAGGUUGUCCUCAACACAGACAUUUUGCCGGAAUACAUCACGAUUGGAUAUACAAGAUACAGCAUGGAACCGUUUGUAGAGAAACCUCGCCAAUGCUCGAAGUGCAAUGGGUUUGGACACAUUCGAACCGCGUGCACGAAAGAGUCACGUUGCACACGCUGUGGAGGACCACAUGAACGCACCGGCUGCAAUGCAGACAACCCCCUCUGCACGAACUGCGGUAAAGCCCAUGACUCGACAUCUCAUCUUUGUCCGGCAUACCAAAGAGAACAAAAGAUAUACAAGUACAAAAGCCAAGCUAAAGUUGGCUAUGCGUCCGCGAAAGUGGCGCUGCUCGCAUCGAAAGAACAACUGGCAGAGAGACCCCUAAAACGACUGCGUCAAAGGAAAACAAACCAUCAGCUCAAGAACUCCCAACGAGCGAAGACUCCUCAUCAGCCAAGCAGUCCAACCUGA